AUGAAUGAAUCCAGGGGCCACAUCCAAAGCUUUGGCUCCAUUUUUGAAAGAUGGCUGGAGGUCAGGGAGGAUUGGUUCAAGGGCAAUGUCGACACCAUCAAGCUCUUUGCGCGCUACAGUAUCAUGCUACUGGGUCGACCGGCCAAGGGAUGGGUGGUCGUCGAAACAGGUAAAAUAAAAUCCAAGGACUCUACGAGCACGCAUCCGCAGGGGGUGAGAAGCCAUCUUACCUGGAAGGUCCAUCCCGUCGCCACCGAUGCCGGUCCUGUCUGCGCCAAGGUGUGGGGAUCUAACGAAGCAGUAACGGACGAACGAACGAACGAUUGCGUGGCUGCACCAAAACGAAAGCAACCAGUUUAG